AUUCUUUGUCAUUAUUAGCAGACUAAUUAGAGACGUUGAGACGUCAAUUCGUUGCAACCGUGAUUCCAAAAAUGUUACAUAAAAUAUGUUUGAUCAUCUGUUCAAUGGUUGCCAUUGCUGUGCCGGUUACUCCGCAAGGAUUGGAUUUCACGCUUUACAUUUGCACCAGUCCGGGAAAUUGUCAGCCCGAACAAACACGUCUAAUAGCAGAUUACUUCUAUGUCUGCGAAGAUCAAGUGACAUGUAACGAGACAGCUCCCUUAGAAAUUUAUGAAAAACAACUUCGUGUUACCAUCACGAAUGGUGAUGAAAUGACUUUCGCGCACUAUCAAAGAGGCGGCUCCAGGAUCUUUAUGGCGAGCGGAGACCAAUAUAAAAUCUUUUACCCUCUGAAUCGAGAGAUCACCUUUGACGUGGAUAUGUCGACCGUCGGUUGUGGCAGGAACGCGGCCGUAGUUUUUGCCGGUAUGCCAGCGGACGGAGGACAUGAGGAAUUCGGAUACGCUGGAGCUAUGUACGGAACUGGCUUUUGUGAUGGGCAGGACGAUCCUCCAAAUUGCCUGGAAAUGGACAUUAUAGAAGCAAAUAGUCUGGCCACCAUGUAUACGGCUCAUCCGUGUAACGCCACUGCCGGAAAAUGCAGUGCUUAUGGAUGCGGACUCAAUUCUUAUCCGCUAGGACACAAGGACUUUUACGGUCGUGGGUCGAAUUACACAGUAGACACGACUAAACCAUUUACCAUCAUCACUCGAUUCAUUACAACCGACGGAACGGACACGGGUGAUCUAAAGGAAGUCCAACAGCUCAAAACAGUUCAAAACGGCCAAAUGAUUUUGACACCUGAGGUUGAGGGAGGAUUCUCAAGCCUUUCGGAUGAAUUUUGUGAUUAUCAUUACAUACCAACAUUCCCACCAGGAUACGAAGACUAUUUUCACGGAAUCACUGAUGGAGCGACUCCGGGCAUGAAGAAAGGAAUGGUGUUAAAUUUUAGUCUUUGGGGAGAUGCAGAUGAUACUUUUAUGUGGUGGCUUGAUCAAGAACCCUACGGACCUUGUCCGGUUGAACCAAAUAAUCCCAAUUCUACCGUAACUUAUUCCAACGUUAGAUUCGGCCCGAUUGGCUCUACAGCUUAAUGAGCUUCAAAUGAUGCCAACUAAACUGUACCCACCUGUUGCUAUCUUUCUUGGAAAUAUAUUUUAAUCAUGCA